AAACCAGAGAAAGACUCUCUCUCUCUCUCUGUGGAAGGAGACAGAGAAGAAAAUGGCGGAGGAGGUGAAGUUCAGCAAAGGGACGGAGGUUGAAGUUCGGAGCGAAGAGCCUGGCUUCGAAGGCUCGUGGUACACGGCCACCGUCCUCCGCUUCAGGUCCACGACUGGUCGUGUCUCCGUCCAGUACCACAGCCUCAUGUCCGAAGAAGACGAAUCCAAGGCAUUGACAGCGGUCGUCGACAUCGCCCACGUCCGGCCUCUCCCACCUGUCGAGGCCGUAGCAGCCUUCGAACCGGGCGAUGAGGUCGACGCAUUCUACAAUGACGGGUGGUGGGACGGCACGAUCAAGGAGGCUGUUGGGGAUUCGAAGUACGUCGUGCAUUUCUCGAGGACGGGUGAGGAGAUGGAGUUUGGGACAUCGGACCUGCGGCACCAUCUGGAUUGGAUUGAUGGGAAAUGGGUUUUGAAGGAUAAGACGGUUCUGCAGAGAAAAUCAGAGACAAAGUUCAGCGAUGGGAUGAUUGUCGAAGUAAGUAGUGAUGAAGAAGGUUUCUGUGGCGCUUGGUUCGCCGCAGUGAUUGUUAAUCCAACUGGGAAGAACAGUUUCCUGGUGGAGUACCAAAACUUGAGAACGGAUGAUGAGGCCGAGCUCCUGAGAGAAACUGUGGAUUCCAAGCUCAUCCGGCCCAUCCCUCCUGACACUUCAAAGGUCAAAAGUUUUGCUCGGCUCGAAGAAGUUGAUGCUUGGUACAAUGAGGCGUGGUGGGUAGGAGUGAUUUCGAAAGUUCUGAAAGGUUCCAAGUACAUUGUCUAUUUCCGACAUUCGAAAGAAGAGCUUGAGUUUCAGCACUCUGAAUUGAGGCUUCAUCAGGACUGGAUCAAUGGCAGAUGGGUCCGUGCUUCUCAGGUAUGAAUUUUCAGGCACUGAAGUUGUAUGAUUAGCGAAGGAAAGAGUAAAUGGGAAAGGCGGAUGGCGUUACACCGGAGAAAUGCCGUGAUCUUGUUGGGACCGAUCAUUCCUGCAUUUUGAUGAUGCUUGAAUCACAACACUGCAAAAUUUUGGUGAAUGUCAUGCAAACAUUGUAUGGAGAAUUUUGCUUUUUGGGUCAUGCAUGAUGUGAAUGGAAGGUGUGGCUGUGAUUGUAGAUUGGUUUUGAAUGGAUGAUUUGUGGUUAGACAUUGAA